AUGGAGCGCGGGAAAGGCGUCAGGGAGGAGCUCGGCCCGACAUCCGAAACCCGCCUCCCCACGAGCUUCCCCCGCCACGGAGAAAUCGCGGAGGCGCCUCCCCCCGCGCCCUUCGCCAGCGGCGCGCGCCCUCCGCCGCACCCCUCUGCUGAGGCUCCACGCGCUGGCGCAGGCGGAGGCGGAGGCCCCCAGAGGCAGCCCACUCCGCCUCUGGGCAUGGGUCCGCGGGAGAGGCAGCCGUCCCCGCCCAUCCCCGCUCCCCACCUGCAGCCCCCCGGGCUGGGGCAGCCCGUGCACCCCACUCCGCCCAAGGAGCGCCAGGUGCAGCCCCCGCCCCCGCAACCCCAGCAGCCCCAGCAGCCGCAGAUGCACCCUCAGGGGCAGCCCCAGCUGUAUCAACCGCCCCAGCAGCCGCAGCACCCUCCACAGCCGCAGCUGCAGCCACUGCCACCCCACCUAGCGGCAGUGCGUACCCAUCCCAUCCACCUGCCUCUUUCCUCCACAGAGGAGCAGCAGCGGCAGGGCGCAUGGGGCCGCGAGGCCGGGCAGGGCGCUGCUCUCUCUGCUGGCGCUGGCCCUGGCGCUGGUGCUGGUGCUGGCGGUGGUGGGAUGGGUGGUCCUGCGGCAGAGGGAGCGGUGACGGUGUCGAUAUCGCGGGCGGGCAUGAUGGUGAAGCCUGACAGUGUGUUCCGCCUGCGCGUGGGCGUGCGCCCUCUUUCAGGGGAGCUGGACCAUGAAGCCCUCUCUCGCCUUCACUCCUCCAACCAGUGCUAUGGCAUGGCGGUGCUGCUGGCAGGGCUGGCCCUCAUAGCCCUCUCCGUGGUGCCUUCAGUCUCCCUGCAGCCCCUGCUAGCCGGGCUGCUCAUUGCCAUGGGGCUGUUAACCGGGUUACACGCGCUAGUGCUCUUCACAGCACCAGGAGCCAUCGCCCUCGUGCUGCUAGCAGCCGUGCACGCAGCCUUCGGUGCCUGGCUGCUUAAAGCCCCUGCAGAAAACUUCCUCCUCAUCGUCUCCCUCUGGCUCGCCGCCCAGGCGCUCUCGAAGCUGGCCCUCGCCGCCCUUUGGAGCCUCGUUUCGUCUUAUGUGACGCUGGUGGUGACGGCGGUGGUGGGGAUUGGGCUGGCUGGGGUGGCGUAUUUUGGCUUUGAUGACAGCACCCCGAAGUGGGCGCAGGGGGUGCUGGUGGGGGGAUACCUCGUGCUCUGUGGGGUGUCCUUCCUGCUGAUCGCAUGCAUGGCGUAUGCUGGUCGGCGUCUGCUGGAGGAUGAGGAGGAGGAGCGUCAGCCACUGCACCUGGUGGUCGACCCGUUCCACUAG